AUGGCUGCUGGCGCCUGCAUGCACCGCCGCAACAGCAGCAGCAGGAAAAACAGCAGCAGCAACAGGAAAAGCAGCAGCAGCAAUCAUUGUUCCCACUGGACGUGUGUUGGCUUUAACAUCCUUGGCCCACGUUUUGUCCACAAAGAGAAUCUAGCGGCACUUCAGCAGCAAAUGCAGCAACGGAAGCAGCUGCAGCAGCAGCAGCAGCAGCAGCAGCAGCAGCAGCAGCAGCAGCAGCAGCAGCAGCAGACUUACAGGUGUCUUCAGGCAGCGGCAGCGGGGGAGCAGGCACCUCCUCCCCCAGAGCACAAUUGA